UCCCACCCGAAUUGCGAGCCCUAGAAAAUUCUCCUCUCCUCUUUGAAAGCGAGACGACUUCUGUGUUUCUAUUCGCUUUACCCAUUCACAACACUUAUAAAUAGCCCCCAAAUUAAGUAAAGUCAUUUUAUCAGUUCGAAUUAUCGUUGCCUUUUUUACAACUGAGUGAGCAGAGCCAAGAGGAAACCGAUCAACUUUCCCAAUUCGCAUUACAAAUAUUUGGAUUGUCAUUCCACCAUUUCUCACCUUUGAUCACUUAAACAGGCCUUGCCGGUUCUCUCUCCCCUUCCUCUUCAUUUCACAAUUUUCAGGUUUUUUUGGCUAUGGGAAGUGAAGAUGAGCAAAAAUAUGCUGCCUUCAUGGAGAAAGUGAAGCGGACAAUGUAUCUUGACAAUAUCUCACCUCAGGUAACUGAUGCAGUCAUCAAAACUGCAUUUGAGCAAUAUGGUACUGUGACCAACAUUCAUUUCAUCCCGAACUACAUUGAGCCAAACUACAGCGGGAAGUGUGCCCUUGUGGAGUUGGAGAAUGAAAAGCAAGCAAAAUCAAUUAUUGAGGUGCUGUCUUCUUAUCCAUUCAUGAUGUCAGGAAUGCCUAGACCAGUGAGGGGUCGUCAUGCAGAGCCAGAAAUGUUUGAUGAUUGUCCGCCUAAGCCUGGUAGGAAGAUACAAGUAUUUUGGGUAGACCCAAAAGAUCCUCAAUUUGAGGUGGCACAGAAGCUCAAGAACCUGACAAAGAAACAUGUUGCUGAACAGUCCUUCCUACAAAAGAAGCAGCUAGAGGAGGAAGAGAAACUCUCUAAGCAGCAAGCUGAGACUCUAAAAGGGCAUUAUGAAAAGUUUGAGAUGAUGGAUUCUAUAUUAUGUGAUGGCACCUCAAAACGUCUAUCUAGGUUCUAUGGGGUAAAUCUAAAUGAUGACUAAGGACUCUGACUUGUAUAUCUGUAGUAGUUAACACAGUAGUAGAAUGUAGAAUGUAAUUCGUAAGGUUUCGUAGCUGUCUUUCUUUCCUAGAAAGGAGCUUUUGCAAGGUUAUGGAUAGAGGUAGUCAUACUGUGCAAGAAUAUCUGUAUGAGAUACUGAUUUCGAUCCUGACUACUUUGCUAGUUUACUGGCAUUGGCAUGUCUGUUAUGUUCAGCAAUUGCAUUUGGUUCAAUAUUUGUUAUCUUA